AUGGAAUAAAUUGAUAGCAUUAGAGUCAAGUUGAGAUAUAGAAACAAGCAAAGUGAUUGGAUGGAGGAGUCCUUGGGAUGCUAAGUCAUGCCUAACAUCUAGGAUAAUGAAAUAUUCUACGAUAGCUCUAGUAAGAAAAAGCCCUUAUCGCCUUCUAAUAGGAGUGAGUUACUAACCUCAUAAUCCCCAUGUAGCAAGACAAACGUAGCUUUAUUGGACAGAGUAGCAGAUUAUUAAUAAUCUCCUCAGCCACCUUCAGCUAAUCCUUAAAGUCCUAGCAAAAACGGAGGGGCAGCAAUCAAGAAACUCCCGCCCUAGCCAAAUGAAAAUUAAUAAUAACAGUUCAUAGCUGAUAGAUAAUUCUUUAGUUUUGCAGAAAACUAUUAUCAAUCUGAAUAUGCCCCAGCCAAAGACAUCAAAUACAACAAUGUCAGCCUCUUCGAGAUUGAAAUCGGCAAACACUAUUUAGAAAUCUCUGGCAUAAAUAGUGCAACCUCUAAUCCAGCCAACUCUAAGCAAUUAAAACCAAUCCUAUAUGCUAUUUCAGAACUAAAUGGACUCGUUCUCUAACAAUCCUCUUAACAUUAGCACAUUUUCGCAUAGCAAUCACCAUUAAAAUUCAGCAAGCUAUCAUAACAAUAAUACGCUACUUCCAGAGGGGAAUCACUCUCAGAGUUAUAUGGUGAAGACCCAAAUCAACUUCAUGAAUUCUACGAAUUCUUCCAAUAUGUUUCUGAGUCAUGCUGGCGGAGAAAUAAGAAACAAGCAAAGCAUAAUUACUCUGCAGCCAGUUAUAAAAUCGGAGACCCCAACCACAGUUUUAUCAAGAUCUGGCUAUAGACCUCAGAGUCUGUCUGGAGUGAUGCAAAUUGGGUCUUCAAAGGCAAGGCAAAUCAAGAACAGGCUUAAGUCGUUUCAGCACUUCAACGAUUACUAUUAUCAACAGCAAAAUCAAGACAACUUCAGUGA